UCCAUACAUUCCCUUUCCUAUGGUUGGGGGCGUAACGACUGAAAUAGAGGGUUGUUUUGUUUAAUAUAUAGAUUUUAAGUAAGUGAAAUUUGUUACAUUGGAAAUUUAAACAUCUCUAAAAAUUCCUUAUUAUUGAUUGUAUUAUAGUACCUAAACAAUUUAUGGGCAAUGAUAUUGUUGCAAAUGAGAAAUGGAAUCAGCUGAUGUUGACAGAAUGCCGUGAAGGUGCCUAUCCUUUUGUAGUAUUGACAUGUAAUGUUUCGAAAAUCCAAUGAUAUACCAGUGACGUUUGUGAUUAAAAUUUAAUGUGAUGUUUCUUGCUUACUAAUGCGAAAUAUUGUCAAUACUGUAUUGUCAAACACGUGCGUUGGCAAUGUAGACCCCAAAGAGGUGUGAAUUACUGAUUUUGAAAUCUGUACACAAAACCAAAACACUAAUGUCUGCAUCCAAAACUAAAAUAAUGACAUCAAGUGACAAUUUUUAUGCUACCGACCAUGAAACUAGAAGUAACCAUUCGUUAAAAGAAAGGUGUGAAAAUUGUCGGGACGAAGAAAACGAUUGGUCUACGAAUACAAGAAACGAUGAAUUCCAGCCACUUGUCAUUGAUAGUGGCUGCAACAGUUCUUCUCAAUAUCCCUCUGGUCUUGAUCAGUCUGAAGAAAGAAUGAGAAGAAAGCUGCGUUUCUUUUUCAUGAAUCCUAUAGAAAAAUGGCAGACAAAACGUCGUUUUCCAUACAAAUUUGUGGUUCAAGUCAUCAAGAUCCUUUUGGUUACUGUUCAGUUAUGUUUGUUUGCACACAGCAGAUAUAAUCAUGUAAAUUACACGUGGGACAAUAGGAUUGCAUUUUCUCACUUGUUUUUAAAAGGCUGGGAUGCGACAAGAGAAGUGAAUGCUUAUCCACCGGCUGUUGGAGCAUUGGCUUUGUACAAACAGGAUGAAUUUUUUGCUACAAUAGAUUAUGCAGUUGCUGGGUACUCAAAUCUUGAUAAUGCAGUGGGUCCAUAUUCAUAUACUGAAGAUGAUAAUUCUAUGGCUGCACCUGUACUAUGUCUCCGUCAUUAUAAAGAAGGCAUAAUAUAUGGAUUUAAUGAAAGUUACAUUUUUAAUAGUAAAAUAGUUGAAGAUUGCAUAAAUAUUACUAUAAGCAAAACCAGAAUUGAAAAGUUUUCAAGCAAAAGAUUUUUGCGCGCACAUGGAAUUACCAUAAAUUUCUCAGCAUUGGUGUUUGCAACACUGUUGUUUUCUGUGAAAACUGUCAGCUUUAAAGCUGCUGGUCCAAUAACACCACCAGAUUGCUACAAAUUUGAUAUAGAGAUAUUAUUUAAUAAUCAGGAUCAGGAUGGACAAAUGAUAUUAUCACUUGAUGCUCAAGCAGUUCGUUUGGAUUGCCAGGGAAAUAUUGAAUAUUUAGUGGACAAUCGGCUGGACUACAUUCUUCGAAGCAUUCUAAACUCCCUGGUGAUUCUCAUUUGCAGCAUAUCAAUGAUUCUUUGUGGACGAGCUAUCUUCAGAGCUCAGCAACUAAAACGGGAAACUGUACUUUUUUUUAAAACUACUUAUGGCAAGGAUUUAAGUAUGCAAGGCCGUCUUGAGUUUCUAAACCUAUGGUAUGUUAUGAUAAUUGCAAAUGACAUUCUUAUUACGAUGGGUUCAGCAAUAAAAGAACAAAUUGAGAAAAAGCAAUUUGCAGGUGACCAGUGGAAUAUUUGCAGUGUCUUCUUGGGCACUGGAAAUCUGUUGGUUUGGUUUGGAGUUCUGCGAUACCUUGGGUUCUUCAAAACUUAUAACGUUGUCAUUCUCACUUUGAAGAAAGCAGCACCUAAGGUUGCAAGGUUCUUGCUAUGUGCUUUGCUCAUAUAUGCGGGAUUUACAUUUUGUGGUUGGCUCAUUUUGGGUCCAUAUCAUAUGAAGUUUCGCUCACUGGCCAGCACAUCGGAGUGCUUGUUCUCACUCAUUAAUGGAGAUGACAUGUUUGCCACUUUCUCCAUUAUGUCAAGCAAGUCUUCCAUGCUCUGGUGGUACAGUAGGAUAUACCUGUAUGGCUUUAUCAGUCUCUAUAUAUAUGUGGUCCUAAGUUUGUUUAUCUCUGUCAUCAUGGAUGCCUACGAAACAAUAAAGCUUUAUUAUAAAACAGGGUUUCCCAAGAGUGAUGUCCAGAUAUUUAUAUCGUCUUGUAAUGAUGAUAAAUCAACAGAGUCUUUUCAAUCAGAAUAUGGUUCAUCUUUUGAAGGUUUUGUUAAAAAGUUAUGUUGUUGCAGACAGUUCAGUGUUGCCACAGUGCAGCCUUUGUGCCCAGCUGAUCCAGCUGCUCAGUCUUGGAAGUUACUUGCAACCUCAUCACAUCAAACUGGUGAUGCUAUAUGCGUAUAAAUGAGAGAAAAUAUCAAUGAACAUAAUGGACAUGAAUUGUCUUGUACCUGUGUAUGUUAGAAGAUAACAGUUUCCAUCUUGGUAUAAAAUUUAUUGUUAUUAGCUUAGAUAUAUGAUCAAGAACAAAUAUUUUACGUACAUGUAUGAAAUUUAUUAGAAAAUGGUCAUAGUCAUAUUUCAGACGAUCUUUUCAAUUAAUUUAUGUUCUCUAUUUUAAUAAAAAUGCUGUAGUUAUUUGUUUACUGUAAAAUAAUUGAAUUGUGGAUGUAAUUUCGGUAAUAGAAAAUGUAAUUUGUAGCAUAAUUGAAGGUAUGUAUUUCUAUCAUGUAUAAGCUCAUCAAUGAUCAAAUUUUAUAGCUGUUAUUGUGUACAUAUAGUGUGUGUUUGUAUAAAGAUGAAAUUAUUUAAAUAUUUUAUAUAACUAUGCCUUUUAUAGUUUGUAUUUUUUUUUUUACUCUUGCUGUGACCAAGCUGUUUCAGUUAAGAACAGAGCCAAUAUAAAUGCUCCUUACAUAAAAGCUGCUAGCAGGGUGUCAUGUUCCUGGAUUGUGUGUCCAUCUAAUAGGCAUGUCAUGUAGUGUCUAUGUGUGUUUGAUGAGUGGUUGGCACAUUACAUUGCUGAACACCCAAUCAUUGUGCUUCAUGAAAGAAACUAUUAAUAUGAUGUCAUUUCACUUGCUCACCUUCACUCAUAGCUUGUUCAUAGCUAGAGGGGACAAACAGUUAAGUUACAAAAAAAAAUAAUAAUUUUUAAAAUACUGUAAUAUGUGUACAGUUUGUUGAAGUGCUAAAAUUGUUAAAAAUUUAUAAUGUUUAAUUAGUUUUUUUUUAUUAUGAAUUAUGAGGUAAUUGUUUUAAAAUGAGGGAACAUAAAUGAAGUUAUGUUAUCUUAUAAUUAUUUGGAUUACAGUGCAUAUGAAAAAUAUGUCAUGGUUCUCAGCUCUUCUAAUUAUGUGUUAUAGCAGGAUAUAAAUAAAAGUUUAUAAAUCUGA